ACGAAGGGGACAACAUGGCAUCCACAGAAAUCUCGGAUACUCAGCAAACACCCUCCCCUACACCUCACAGCCACAUGCAAGAAAGUACAGGCAAGAAGAAAACUCACCCCUGCUCAGACUGUGGGAAGAGCUUUAAUAGUCUGAGUAAUCUGAAGCAACAUCAGCGCAUUCACACAGGAGAGAGACCGUUUCACUGCACAGACUGUGGAUACAGUUUUAAUAGUUCAAGUCAUCUCAAGAAACACCAGCGCAUUCACACAGGAGAUAAACCGUAUCACUGCCCAGACUGUGGGAAAAAUUUUAAUUGCCAGAGUACUCUUAAAAGACACCAGCACAUUCACACUGGAGAUAAACCAUAUCACUGCUCAGACUGUGGGAAGAGUUUUAAUCAACUGAGUUAUCUCCGAAAACACCAGAUCCUUCACACAGAACAAAAACUAUAUUACUGCUCGGAGUGUGGGAAGAGUUUUAAUCAUCAGACUUCUUUUCAAAGACAUGAGCGCAUUCACACUGGAGAUAAACCGUAUCAGUGCCCAGAUUGUGGAAAGAGUUUUAUUGCACAGAGUGAUCUCAGACUUCACCAGCGCAUUCACACUGGAGAGAAACCGUAUUGCUGCUCAGACUGUGGGAAGAGUUUUAAUUUCCGUAGUACUCUCAAAUGCCACCAGCGCAUUCACACUGGAGAGAAACCAUUUCAGUGUUCAGAAUGUGGGAGGAGCUUUAUUAGUCAAAGUCAUUUUCAAUACCACCUUCGCGUUCACACUGGAGAGAAGCCGUUUCAAUGCUUAGACUGCGGCAGGAGUUUUACUACACGGAUGAGUCUCCAGCGACACCAGCGUAUUCACACUGAAGAGAAACCGUAUCAGUGCCCAGGAUGUGGGAAGAGUUUUAAGGAUCAGAGUCAUCUACAAACACACCAGUGUGUUCCCACUCGAGAUAAACCGUAUCAGUGCCCAGACUGUGGGAAGAGUUUUAUUAAACAAAGUGAUCUCAGAGUACACCAGCGCAUUCACACUGGAGAGAAACCAUAUCAGUGCUCAGAGUGUGCAGUGAGCUUCAGGCAUUUACAAACACUCAAGAAACACAAGUGCACACAGAGCAGAGCAUAAAAUAGGCAGGGACACACCUAAAACCAUUCCAGAUCCCAACUCUGGCUUUAAACAUGUUUAAAGCAUAUUCAUAAAACAGUAUAUAUUUAUAAGUACUAAGCUGUAAACUGCCCUGCCCCCACCCAACACACAGAUUUGUUUUUCUGGCUGAAUGACUGAAAAUCUCCAACACAUCUCCUGUUGUGCAUUGUCCAGUUCUAAACCACUACUGAAAGUGAAUAAAAACAAUUUUCUGUUGUCUUCUUUACAAUAUUUAAUUUACGAUAUAUUUAACAGUUUUCUAUGGAUUCUGUAUUGACCUGUAUGCCAGCUUCUAUAUGUUCUGUAUGUUUUUAUUUGCUUAGGGCCAAUAAAUGUUAUCAUGUUUCAUAGUCAUUUGUAUUAAUGCUUGUGCUAUUUAAUGUAGUUUUAUCCAACUUCAAAUAAACCAUUAAAAGAUG